CAUUUAAAACUCUAAUGCACUAAGUGAUCUGCGACCUAAUUAUGGGGGAAAUUACCUGUAUCCUUAUGCAUGCUCACAACCACUAAACUCAACAGCAGCAUUUCAGCUAACGGUCCCUGCCUUCUCACUUGGAAGAAUUUGGGGCAAUCGGCUCCCAGCAUGAGGAGUUGAUUUUGGAAUUCAUGGUACAUCUCACAGCUUAAAUUUACCAGGCUUCAGAGGUAGAAAGCUUUUGUUUUUUUCUUUAGACAGGCAGAAUAGAUUCUUUAGUUGUGGUCAGAUCAGUUUAAAGUGUUUCUAUCCUUUCCCAAUCCUGCAUUUUUAUGGAAGUUAAUGUUUGACUAGUUUAUUGCUCUGCUGCAAAUUGGAAAAAGCAGUUAUGUUAAGGAGCAUUCCCCUUUUAGGAAGAAAAAUCAAACCUUUAUAAUUAUGCUAUUAAUUCUCAGUUCAACUGAUAAUAGCAUAUGAAAAUGAAUCUCUCAGUAGUGCAUUUGAUUAUUAUUUAGUGUUUAGCUAGCAUGCAGAGCUGUGGUUUACAGCCUUUUAAUCCUAGCUGUUCCCCCAAACGUUUACCUUUAAGUGGGGCAGAAACACUAUAUCUGUUAUGUUAUUAUCCUUUCAUUCUAUUGUUUGUCUUUUAAGUUAAGAUAGCUGCAAACCUACAUUCUUAUUUUUAAAAGUUGGCUUCUUGCAAAUGUAUUUAUUUUUACAAAGACAAGUCUGCCCCCUUUGGUGCUCAUCAGAGACAUUAUGGCUUUGUUCCAUUCUCCCAUCUCACCAAGUAAGCAAGCACUUGGGAAGUUGUUGAAUGAAACCCUAAAGGCAACUUUGCAAGCAAAACAAAGCUUUUAAAAUUAUUUUGGAAGACUCUGACUCAUACUCAUUUUAAAGGUCAGCUGUCAAGAGUCCAUUUGGGGUAUCAGAGUUUUUCUACUCUUCCUGCAAAUUCCAGAGCGUCAAGUAAAAAUUUAAAACAUCUGAGCCUUCAAUGGAACCAAAAAGCACAUGAAUUCCAUAUCACAACAAAUGGCUUCUCAGAAGAUUGUAAAUUGAGUGACAGAAGAGAAGUCAUUUAAAGGGACGUCCACUAAAGAAGACACGGCAGCACACAAAUAAAUCCAUUUUAAUUUUCACUUUAUUUCCAUUAUAUUUCAAAGCUGCGAUAUCACGAGUGGAGAGACAAGCAGCUCAUAGAAGAGCCUGAGUUCAAAGGAACUGGAAUUUAGCAUGGAAUGUAAAACUGAGGACUUCUGCUUCUAAAAGGAUGAUUGGUGAAACACCAAGGUUGAAGUAUGAGGGCUUGGUGCUCAGCAGAAUUAGUAGUCUGGGGCUACUCUGCGUGUACUGGCAAGUGGCCACGAAGUAAUGCUCUUUACAAGAGAAAAGCUUGUACCUGACAAGCUAUUAGAAGCGUGCAUUUCUCUUAAAACUCUUCCUGUCCUUCUGCUCUAGAAGAGAUUAUAAACUGGUAAUGAAAGGUGACUUUCAUGUUGAGAGACUGGAUUCCGGAGACUGACAAGAGGCAGGGUCUAGCCUUCUCACCCCCGGGGAACUCACUGGGAUCCCUGCAAAGUGCUCCCUGUUUGCCCCCUGGGUGAGCUCACACAGGGGGUCAGUACUCUCUGCUUUCUUUGCCCUGGGGUUCUGGCUGCCAGAGGGGAAAAUAGUCAUACACAGGGAAAUGGCAGAAGUUAAAAUCAAGCAAGCCUGGUGGGAUGGUAAUGGCUUUCCCAGCAUCCAAGUCUUUGCCUUCAGGAUAUGUGAAGCUAGAAAACAAUGUCAUUCAUUCAGUGUUUAUAGAGAACACACAAAGUACCAGGUACUGGGGUCAGUACUGGAGGGCAUGCAAAAGUACGCAAAACACAACCCCUGCCCCAGGAUUCUUGCCAGGAAGGGUAUUUAAGUAUCAGCUAGACUUUAUGACCCUUUAAUGAAUUCUUGAGUGAAAAAGUGCACUCAGAAUUUAAAAUAAGCAUGGAAAAGAAUACCACUAGGACGAUAAGUCUCUUAGGAGACAGGGGAUGUAAAAGUGCCUGAAAAUCUUAUUUCUAAGGUAUACAAUGCAGCUUAGAUGGAUGAGAGAGAAAGAAUUUAAAGGGCCAAGAGCGACACCAGACUGGAGCUUUCUUAGAGAAGCCCGACUUCAAAGAAGCACUGCUUGGAUGCCUGCACAGUUAGCUGAAUCCGAACAAAGAGGAGGCCGGCACUUGUACCUGGGAAGUGGAUAACUUGGAGGAAAAGUGGUUUCCUCGGAGGAAAAAAGGCAACAGUCCGCCGGGAGUCAAGCCCCACCCAACCCGCGACGGUGCCUGCUGACCGCACCCUCGACCGACCUCACCCUCACUCCCCCGCCCGACAUUCUCUACCCGGUAGAGGCGGCUGGGCCGCGCUGGUGGGGUUCACCGCCCACUCCACGCCCGCAGCCCUUGCACCCGCCGGUUCCAGCCGGUAGUCGGCCACGUGCGCCCGGGUUCCCUGCUCUGCCCCCCCCCAGCUGGCUAGGCGCCUCCAAGGUUGCAGUGGACGCCGUGAGGUCCCGAUCUCUGUCCCCACGCCCAGCCAAGAAGUCCGGACAGCCGCGGCGUUGGCGGGAGGGAGCGGCUCGGCCGCUCCCUAGAGGGGACGGCGUGACAGUGGGCUGCGGGCGCCGCCUCUGCUGCAUCCGUGGCUGCGCUUUCCGCUUGGCUCAGCCCGGCUCGGAUCUGGAGCCCCGCGCGCGCCGCGCUGCUUUUCCCCCUCCUCUGCUGACGCCCCGGGGGCAGCUCCCCCGGACGAGACGCGCGUUCGAUCCUUCUUUCCCCGGUUUACGGAUUUCCGGGGGCGAAGAAUUUUGCCUCGGUCCCUGCGAGCAUCUCUCGGCCUCUCUCCCCCUCCCCUCGCGACUCCCCCACCCCGUGGGCGCGCGCGCGCGCGCACACACACACUCACACUCGCAGGCGCGCGUGCGCACGGCCGCGCGCCGGAGCCUCGGAGUCUCCAGCGCCGCUCAGCAGAUCCCACUCUCUCCCGCGCCGCUACUCACACAGGCUUCCAGCCGCCACUGGGCGUCCUCUGUCUGCAGCAGCGGCAGCCGAGGCAGCAGUGGGAAAGGCGGCUGCAGCCCGACCUGGUCUUAGAGCUCCGAGCCCUGGACGGAGUCCGGGAGAAGCGAGAAGGAGGACGUGGAGGCGAGGAGGAGCCGCGCCGCGCCCCGUCCGCGCGGCAAGCUGCCUCCACUCCCGCUCCCGCGGCCGCAGGUGCUUUGCAGCCGGCAUGACGUCAUCCUUAUAAUCCUCGGAGGAGAGAGCGCUCGCCAUGCUCAGCUGUGGGACCAGCCCCAGAGAGGCAGCGUGUCUUUGAGGCCCCUGAGAUCCCUGCCUGCUGCCUUCCUCCUGGACCCCUGUUCUAACCUUCGCUGUAUCUGCAGAUUCAUCUGAGACGACUGUUUCAAUGCGAAGUGCCUCUAAGCUCUCUGAAGGAUAUCACAUUUUUUGGGGAGGUAUGGAGAGCUUCUUGAACCGACAGAGAUGAUCUAACUACAGAGAUGAUGCACCUACACUCGCUGCAGAAGCAUCGGGCAUGUUGGAGCUACACUGUCGUCCAAGGAACUUCUUUUGUGAACAGCUUCCAUUUAAAAGACUUUUGUGAAUACGUUGGUUCAGUCAAGUUCCCAGAGAACACAUUUGUCUUCUGAUCAGCUGGAGGUUGUAAGGAAGCAACUAGAGAAUGAGCUGCACAAAAAUGAGGAUGUAACCCAAGACAGAGGAGACCAUGGGAUCCAGGAGGCGGGGCACCCAGCACAGGCGAGAGGCACAGGGAUUUCGCAAGAUGGUGUUAAAAAGAAGCCCCAGGACAACAGAAUCCGAUGAUCUCCGUGGGGACCCUGCCCUCGGCCAUCCAAGCGCUCCCGCCCCUCAGGAUGCUCGUAAUUCCAUAGUCGAUGCAGGUGCCGUUGAAAGCAUCACCCCGUGUCCCCCGAAGCUUCCUCAGAUGAUGGCCGCAGCUGCCGACGGUUUGGGAAGUUUAGCGAUAGACACGACCCAGCUCAGCAUGUCUGUGACAGACCCCACCGCUUGGGCCACCGCCAUGAAUAACUUGGGCAUGGUUCCCGUGGGGUUGCCUGGACAGCAGCUUGUAUCGGACUCCAUCUGCGUGCCCAGCUUUGAUCCAGGUCUCAACAUGAUGGCUGGAAUCACCCCCAUCAACCCCAUGAUACCAGGCCUGGGGCUGGUACCACCCCCUCCGCCCACAGAAGUGGCCGUCGUCAAAGAAAUAAUCCACUGCAAGAGUUGUACCCUUUUUCCUCAAAAUCCAAAUCUCCCACCUCCGUCCACGAGAGAACGGCCCCCCGGGUGUAAGACCGUGUUCGUGGGAGGAUUGCCGGAAAACGCCACCGAGGAAAUCAUCCAGGAAGUCUUCGAGCAGUGCGGGGACAUCACGGCGAUCCGGAAAAGCAAGAAGAAUUUUUGUCACAUCCGCUUUGCCGAGGAGUUCAUGGUUGAUAAGGCCAUUUACCUUUCUGGCUACCGGAUGCGAUUAGGGUCUAGCACGGACAAAAAGGAUUCGGGCCGCCUGCACGUGGACUUCGCGCAGGCCAGAGACGACUUCUACGAGUGGGAGUGCAAGCAGAGGAUGCGCGCGCGCGAGGAGCGGCACCGGCGCAAGCUGGAGGAGGACCGGCUGCGGCCACCCUCGCCGCCGCCCAUCAUGCACUAUUCGGAGCACGAGGCCGCGCUGCUGGCUGAGAAGCUCAAAGACGACAGCAAGUUUUCAGAGGCCAUCACCGUGCUGCUGUCCUGGAUUGAGCGAGGGGAGGUGAACCGGCGGUCCGCCAACCAGUUCUACUCCAUGGUCCAGUCGGCCAACAGCCACAUCCGCCGGCUGAUGAACGAGAAAGCCACCCACGAGCAGGAGAUGGAGGAGGCCAAGGAGAACUUCAAAAACGCCUUAACGGGGAUCCUCACGCAAUUUGAGCAGAUUGUGGCCGUUUUCAACGCUUCUACCAGACAAAAAGCUUGGGACCAUUUCUCGAAAGCUCAGCGCAAGAACAUAGACAUUUGGCGAAAGCAUUCUGAGGAGCUCCGGAACGCUCAGAGUGAGCAGCUAAUGGGCAUCCGCCGCGAAGAAGAGAUGGAGAUGUCGGAUGAUGAGAAUUGUGACAGCCCGACUAAAAAAAUGAGAGUCGAUGAAUCAGCCCUGGCCGCCCAGGCCUACGCCCUUAAAGAGGAAAAUGACAGCCUCCGGUGGCAGCUGGAUGCCUACAGGAAUGAGGUGGAGCUGCUGAAGCAGGAGAAAGAGCAGCUGUUUCGAACAGAAGACAACCUCACCAAGGACCAGCAGCUCCAGUUCCUGCAGCAGACCAUGCAAGGCAUGCAACAGCAACUGCUGACCAUCCAGGAGGAGUUAAACAACAAAAAGUCAGAACUGGAGCAAGCAAAGGAAGAGCAGUCACACACACAAGCAUUACUCAAAGUCCUCCAGGAACAGCUGAAGGGUACCAAGGAGUUGGUGGAGACCAAUGGCCACAGUCAUGAGGACACAAACGAAAUCAAUGUGUUGACCGUCGCAUUGGUCAACCAAGACCGAGAGAACAAUAUCGAGAAAAGAAGCCAAGGAUUAAAAUCAGAGAAAGAAGCUCUGCUAAUAGGCAUCAUAUCCACGUUUCUUCACGUCCACCCUUUCGGAGCCAACAUAGAAUAUCUCUGGUCGUACAUGCAGCAGCUGGACUCCAAGAUAUCUGCAAAUGAAAUCGAAAUGCUUCUGAUGAGGCUGCCACGCAUGUUUAAACAGGAAUUCACAGGUGUGGGAGCAACGCUGGAAAAAAGGUGGAAGUUGUGUGCCUUUGAAGGAAUUAAAACUACCUAAGUGUGAACCACAACAGAAUCUCUGGAAAUGAAACUGCCUGAACCCCGCCAGGGCUGUGCAGUGUGAGCCCAGGAGGUUUGGGGCUGGUCCAGCGCGGGACCUUUGUGGAGCCAUCAGAGCCUGACUUUGGUUACAUCUGUGGCAUUCUCUUGUGAGUGGAAACAUAAUUGUGUACCAGUUCCCGAAAACAAACAAAGCUUCAUACUGUGACAGAUCUGUUUGCUAUGAAAACCAAACAAUGAUUCCACAGUCGUAAUGAUGGCAAAAACCGUAAAAUAUGCUACAUUUGAGACUAGCUCACCAAGAAAAAUAUUUAAAGUUGAUGGUGUGGCAAUGGUUGUUGCUAGGUUACAGAGUUGUAUAUGUAAUGUAUAGCUGAAAUCAUUCAAUGACAUUUUCCUGAAAGUCUUUCUGUUUUAGUAAAAAAAAACCAAAAAAAAAAAAAAAAAGGAAAGAAAGAAAAAGUAAUUUUACAGUGAGGAAAA